AUGAAUGUGUGUGCUCUGAGCUUGAAAAUUUUCUUACUAUGUCCCCGCCGUGUGUUUGCUGGUUCAACGCCGUCUAUUGAGAACUCCACGUCAGAGACAUCUGGUGUGAGCCAAGUCUCUGUGGGUGCGAUUAUGGACGGUUGUUCGAGGGUGAGGCAGUUUGUGGACAAGCAUUUCAACACCAUCUCUGAUGCCUCCGAGGGUGAGGAGCCGAAAGUUGAGUGGCCAGGUGGUUAG